AUGAGUGAUUAAUUUUAUCAAUUGAGUGCAAAAUGGACAGAGUCUGAUAAAUACAAUUCUAGUUAGAAUUUUGAUUAUUAAAAAUCAAUUGUAGAUGUUUGUUCAUUUAUGAUUUGCUUAUUUUAUGAAAAAACUAUAGAUAAAAAAUAUAUUGAUGUUUGA